GGCCUUUGUAUAUGGUUGUGCGCGCCUUGAUUGGUCGGGUCGAUUUAGGUGUUUUUGUUACGUUCGGAUUUUCGGAACUAGACUUAUUGAUUGAAGGUGGAAGGUGUGAGGCCUAUGUUAAUCAUUCUUAGGAUAUGAGUCAUGUGCAUUGUCCGUGAACAAUAAAUACAACGAAAUUUCACUCGUGAAUUCGACUGUAGUAAAGUAAUGGCUAACGAAGAUGACAUGGACGAGGUGUCUUGUGCUGAAAUGUUAAUACGUAAGAACGCUGUGGAGGACUCUGAUAGGGCUGAUCUGUUCCAGUUGUUCGCUUACUUACAUGGAGAGCUUGAGGCUAGAGACAUGGCACUGGCUGCUUUAAAGGUGGAUAUUUUAUCGUUUAUAUUUUUUCAGGCUGACCGCAUUAACGCAACAAAUCUAAGGGCGAAAUAUGGCAUAAUAAUUAGUGAUAAACAAAGUAAUAAGGAAUGUGAAGACCCUUUUCAAGCCUUACAGAGGGACUCAUUUUUUGUACCUGCUUUAGGUGACAGUGAAUCUGCUUUAAAGCCUCUGUACGACAGCCAGUUGAUACAACUGGAAAAUCUCAUUUCGUCACAGAGGUAUGCUCAAAACAAGAUGAGAGACCAGCUGGUUCUUAUGGAGAAAAGGUACAUAAAGGCAUGUGAAGAGCUGGAGGAUGAACGGCGCAAACACGAAAGAGAUGCUGCUCAAGGAGAUGAUGUUUUGGUCAUGCUCGAGAAAGAACGCGAACGACUUAAAUCUGAAGUUGAAUAUGAAAAGUUGCAGAACAAAAAACUUGCUCGUGAUGUAAAGCGUGCUGUUUUAGGCUGGAGAGAACAACACAUUCUCUGCAACCGCCAGAAGUUCGCUGCGGCUUCCCUUAUCAAAGAACGUAAACGCCUUUGCAAUCAACUAGCCAACGAGCAAAAGCGGGUGGCUGAGCUUGAGCGAGCUUUGCAGAAUAAUGACCUGAUUAUAAAACUAGAUAGUUAUGAUAACAAAGCAGAUGAAACAGCUGUCAGUGCAGAAAAUAAGCUGUGUUGCGAUCGUCAGUGCGAGUUACUUCGGAGGAAGCUUGUGGAGGAGACGGAAAACCGGAAAAAGAUAGAAUCUAAUUUUGAAAGACUGAAGGCAGAUUACCAAAAGCUUAUUAGUCAAUUCAACACCAAGGAUACUACCUGUACUCGUCCACGAGAAGACUCAAUUGGUAUCAGUGUGUCGCUAGUCAAUGGUCCUUUUGUCUCCACGGAAAACCAAAGCAGUCCCGAGUCCGUUACAUCUGGCCCAUCACUCAAAUUCAAACCGAAUCCCCCACAGAGACGGUCAUCUGAUAAUCCUACUCCUGCAUCACCUAAUGUAACUCAGACAGAUUCCAGCCCUAUUUCUAGUAGCUUAGCGAUUGUUGAACAGUCUUCUUCAUCUCCGAGGUCUCUUCCUGGGCAUACCAGUGAAAAGUCAGGAAGCCAGUUGUGUGUUGUACCUCCAACAACUACUUCAUCUCCACCUUCUAGGUCUUCGACACCAUCUCCACCUCCACCGCCACCUCCUAUGCAGUUGCAUUACCCAUAUCCGGGAAUGCAGGGACACUUGAAUCAUAGUCCCCGAAACCAUAGUGGUCCUCCGCCCUUCCUUCCGUGCACAAAUAGUAAUCGUCCUGUACCAAAUGCAGUAUCUCACACGCCUGUUGUACAAACUUGUAAAUCUAGGAAUCUAAUAUCUCACCAGUCAAGCCCGCCUUAUCAACCUUCGUAUUCAUCUUCACCAAAUCACUCUGUUGUCUCUGGAAGAGCGAUUAGUAAUUCCAUGCAUUCAGCACAUAGUGGACCCUCUCGUAAACCAAUGGCUGUAAAUGCUCAGUAUGCACAUUUUCACCAUCACAGUCCUCAUUCAUCCCCCCGCCCUGUUUCAUCAUUUACGCAAACCCAGACCAAGCCACCUGCAGCAGUUCAGUUCUCACAGCAUGGUGGUUUAACUUCAAACACUUCACACUCUCCAGCGGCUACGCAUCAUUUUCCAGCUCAUUCAUCUCAUCGUUCGCAUGCUUCACAUGCUAACCCAAUUCCAUCGAACACCAGACCACGAAAUCCUAUUCAUAAUAACCAAGCAGGACUUAGUGUAGCUGUUUCUGUAAUGGGGGGCGGACAUGUUUGUGUAAAUGGAAAGUAAUUUAAAACUACCAAUUAUGUAUAUUGUACAUCUUGUUUCCUUUUCUAAAUUUUAAGUUUCAUUAUGUUUUGAUUAAUGUAAUAAUGCUUGAGCUGAAUAUAUUUCACCAAACUAGUCAAUAUGUACAGAUGCAUACAUAAGUAGUAUAGUAUUUCAAAUGUUAUUAAAUCGCGUUCGAUUAAAAGAUAUAAUCAAGCGGAAGUUUUUAAGUUCUACCGUUACCAUUUUAUUUCAAUCGACCUGUGCAUAUAAUUUGUAAGUACUUCCUCGAAUAACAUCUUUCCACUGUCAAGUUCAACCGAUAUUCUGAAGCAUUGUGCAACUCUUACCUGUUUCAGGUUUCUCUAUCUAUCACAAUAAACAACUGCUGUUGAUAUAUGCAUAUUAGUGUAAUUAUUACUAAUGCUAAUUUGUUAAAUUUGCCUAUCAUGUUCUGUAUAUUUACAAUUUUUUCAUACUGAAUGACGAACAAUGUACUGUAACCUGUAUACUUUUGCUGUUAUAAGUCUUGUGAUCUCUCUUUUCUCCCAUUUCGUUUUUUCGGUUCAUUUUUUUGAAUGAUCUGAUUCUCUGUAGUGAAAAAUACCUUGAUUGUUUAUUUAUAAAUGUAUUUGCGGAAAAAUGAAUGAUGCAUUUCAUUAUUAAAGUUAAUGAUUUUACAGGAGACUUAGUUGAUCUCUAAUUAAUAUUUUGUAUUCAACACAACUUUUCUUUGGUAUUCCUGUGCUGUGUUGCUCUCUUUCCACUAGCUUUUCUUUACAAUAAAUUAACGCAGUGCGUUAUACUACGACAGGUAAAAAAAUUUUAUUUAUUUUAUUUAUAUGCUUAAAAAGCACACUGAAGUUUAUCUAGACUAUUAAAUAAAACUAUCUUUGAACAAUUUUCAUUCUCUUUUUUACUUGAAAGUAUAUGAAAUAGAUUAGUUUUGUAUCUAAAGUCGACAUUUACAUUUCUAUU